UUGGCUUGCCUCCUUCAGAAUAAUAAACUCAAUAAUUUGAUCAUCCUCUCCAACCCUUCCUCGUUCCUUCUCAUCUAAUUCAUGGGAGGAACGCAUCUAGCUUUGACAUUGUAAGUUUUUGAGAAGCCCGGCCCCCGCCUUUUCCCACUGGAAAAGCAACCGCGGGGCUCUCAAGAACAAAAAAAAUAUACAAGAAUAUUUUGGGAAAAAGACUGAAAAUUAAGAAAAGAGAAAAGAAAAAGAUUCUCUUAGUAGUUUUUUCCUCCAUUUUCUCAUUCUUUAGGCCGUGUGAAUCACAAACAUGGCCGAAAUGUCUCUAGAAGAGAUCAAGAAUGGGAAGGUGGACCUUGAGAAAAUACCUGUGGAUGAGGUGUUCAAGCAGUUGAAAUGUACAAGGAAAGGGUUGACGAGUGGGGAAAGCGAGAAGAGGCUCCAAAUCUUUGGACCCAACAAGCUCGAGGAGAAGCACGAGAACAAGUUCCUCAAGUUUUUGGGGUUCAUGUGGAACCCGCUCUCAUGGGUCAUGGAGUCUGCAGCUAUCAUGGCAAUCGUACUAGCCAAUGGAGGAGGCAAGCCCCCAGAUUGGCAGGAUUUCAUCGGUAUCGUCGUCCUGUUGAUCAUCAAUUCCACCAUUAGCUUCAUCGAAGAAAACACUGCAGGCAAUGCUGCUGCUGCUUUGAUGGCCAAUCUCGCUCCUCAAGCUAAGGUUCUGAGGGAUGGGAAAUGGCAAGAGGUGGAAGCAGCAGUGCUGGUUCCAGGAGAUGUGAUCAGCAUCAAAUUGGGCGAUAUCGUCCCAGCCGAUGCACGUCUCUUGGAAGGGGAUCCUCUGAAGAUUGAUCAAGCCGCCCUUACUGGAGAGUCUCUUCCUGUGACGAGGAGUCCUGGUGACGAAGUCUUCUCCGGAUCAACUUGCAAGCAAGGUGAGAUUGAUGCUGUCGUGAUUGCCACCGGUAUACAUACCUUCUUCGGCAAGGCAGCUCAUCUUGUUGAUAGCACCAACAAUGUUGGCCACUUCCAACAGGCUUACUGCGACACUUUUUCUGUGACUCAGGUGUUGACAUCUAUCGGUAACUUCUGUAUCAUCUCGAUUGGGGUGGGUGUGGUCAUCGAGGUUGUCGUCAUGUAUGCCUUUCAACACAGAGAGUACAGAGCAGGAAUUGACAACCUGCUGGUGCUUCUCAUCGGAGGGAUCCCGAUCGCCAUGCCCACUGUUUUGUCGGUGACAAUGGCUAUCGGGUCUCACCGGCUAUCGGAGCAAGGCGCCAUCACUAAGCGGAUGACCGCCAUUGAAGAAAUGGCUGGCAUGGACAUACUCUGCAGUGACAAAACUGGGACACUCACCCUUAACAAGCUUACCGUCGACAAAAGCCUCAUUGAGGUGUUCCCGGAGAGAAUGGAUGCCGACCACUUAAUCUUGCUUGCUGCCAGAGCUUCCAGAGUCGAAAACCAGGACGCCAUUGAUGCCUCAAUUGUUAAUAUGUUGAAGGAUCCCAAAGAAGCAAGAGCAGGGAUCACUGAAGUCCAUUUCUUGCCAUUCAACCCUGUCGAAAAGCGGACUGCAAUCACUUACUACGACAACAAUGGUGAUUGGCACAGAGCAAGCAAAGGCGCACCUGAGCAAAUCAUUGAGCUCUGUGAUCUCAAAGGGGAAGUCAGCAAGACAGCUCACAAGAUCAUUGCUAAUUUUGCUGAUCGUGGCCUUCGUUCCUUAGCUGUCGCCUAUCAGACGAUUCCAGACAAGAACAAGGAUAGCGCGGGAUCACCAUGGGAAUUCGUGGGGCUGCUGCCACUCUUUGAUCCUCCAAGGCAUGAUAGCGCAGAAACAAUCCGACGAGCACUUGAACUUGGUGUUAGUGUCAAGAUGAUCACCGGUGACCAGCUUGCUAUUGGAAUAGAGACCGGUCGACGCCUUGGCAUGGGCACCAAUAUGUACCCUUCAUCUGCCCUCCUCACCGACAACGAUGAAUCAUCAAUGACAAUCGACGAGCUCAUCGAGAAAGCCGAUGGGUUCGCCGGAGUCUUCCCUGAACACAAGUACGAGAUCGUGAGGAGGCUCCAAGAUAGACUACACAUCGUCGGUAUGACCGGAGAUGGAGUUAACGAUGCUCCAGCACUAAAGAAGGCCGACAUAGGAAUUGCUGUUGCUGACGCUACCGACGCAGCACGAAGCGCCUCGGACAUCGUGUUGACAGAGCCAGGGCUGAGUGUCAUAGUUAGUGCUGUCCUUACGAGCAGAGCCAUAUUCCAGAGGAUGAAGAACUACACCAUCUAUGCUGUUUCCAUCACAAUCCGUAUUGUGUUUGGAUUUCUACUGGUUGCCUUGAUAUGGAAGUUCGACUUCUCCCCCUUCAUGGUUCUCAUCAUAGCCAUCCUCAACGACGGUACCAUUAUGACGAUCUCGAAGGACAGAGUGAAGCCAUCCCCGGUGCCCGAUUCGUGGAAGCUCAAUGAGAUCUUCGCCACUGGGAUUGUUCUUGGAGCUUAUAUGGCGAUCGUGACUGUCUUAUUCUUCUGGCUAGCUGAGGACACCGAUUUCUUCUCUGUAAGUUUCAAUGCCACAUUUGGUGUAAAAUCAAUUAGAGGGAACCACGAAGAGCUUACAGCAGCACUCUACCUCCAAGUGAGCAUUAUCAGCCAGGCUCUCAUCUUCGUCACCAGAACACGAGGCUGGUCCAUCUCUUACUCCGAACGCCCCGGGAUUUUGCUCGUCGUCGCCUUCUUCAUAGCCCAAUUGCUGGCCACCAUAAUCGCCGUCUACGCGAAGUGGGAUUUCGCCGGCAUCAGCGGAAUCGGCUGGGGCUGGGCCGGAGUCAUCUGGCUGUUCACCGUCGUCACUUACAUUCCCCUCGACGUCUUGAAAUUCCUCAUCCGCCUCGUUCUGACAGGCCACGCCUGGGAAAAUCAUCCCGAUAACCAGACGGGUAUCACGACGAAGAAGGGCUACGGGAAGGACGAGCGCGAAGCUCAAUGGGCGGAAGCGCAAAGAAUCCUCCCCGGGCUUAAGGAAGUGGAAGCGGAGUCCCCCACCGCCGCCGCGGCCGAUAUGCACCGGUACAGCGACGCGGUGUAGGAGAUUUUUGCCGGCGAAAGAUGGCGGGAGAUUUAAAAUGGAGGGAAAACAAACGAAGGGAGAUUUUGGAUUGCUUCCUUGCGGAAAUAAAAGGAGGAAACAGGGUUAAUUUGAGGAGAGAUCAUCCCGAAGAAUUAUUAACUUCGGAAUUUUUUAAUUUUAAUUUUUAUGCUUUUUUGCUUUAAUAUUUGUUUAGUUAUCAUUUUGAAGAGUUUCCUCAUUCAUGAGGAUGGUUGGGUAGAUUCUUGUAGCCCAUGCCUCGUGGGAAGAAUGUAGAUGUGGAACUUGGAAAAAAAAUAACAAUUAAUUAUAAAAUUGAUUUGUUUUUAUCUUCUCAAAGAAUGUAAAAUGUAAUACUUAUUUUCUUAUAUAAAUGGAUUUUUUUGAUUAAUUUGAUAUUGAUCCAUGUUUAAUUAGUAUUUGGUUGUCAUUUUAUAUCCAUUUU